AUGAAGCCUAACUGGGAGCCAUUUGUGAAAUCUACCGAAGAUGAUUGGACUGCCGUCCCAGACCCUGCUCAGCGAAAGCGGAUCCAGAACAGGCUGUCCCAAAGAGCCAGGCGGUCACGGCUUGCCGGCAAACAGAAGCAAGCGGCACAGUAUGAGGUCAAUGAGGCUGCAGGAGCCCUUGUGAGAAGAGAUGCGGGUUCUAGUCCUGGGCAAUCAUCUACAGAGGGCUCAAGCAUGGCGGUUACAGAGAUGUUUGAUGCAAGCCUCUUUCAUACCCAAUACACAUCUGAGCAGCCUACAAUGGAUAGUCAUUACCUCAUCUUGACCGACCUGACCGCCGCCACCGCCCUGGCCGUCAUAGCCCAACGUCUCGACCUCAACUGCCAGCAAAUACCAGGCUUUAACAUUAGAGCCCUGACCGAUACUCUCCCACCUGAUAUAGCGCCUACUCAAUUACAAAAGAGCGUGCCUCACCUGUCGUACCUGGACAUGUUACCCUGGGCAUCAUUGCGGGACAAACUUCUCAAGUCUCUCUCCAUUAUUAACGAAGAAGAAUUUGCGCGUGAUAUGCAGUAUGGAAGUCUAAAACCAACUUUCACUGAAGACAAUGUUUCUUCACUAGAAGGCAGAGUCUUUAUGGUGACGGGUGGCACUAAUGGCGUCGGCCUGGAGUUAGUCAAUAUGCUCUACUCCAAAGGAGGCACAGUCUAUCUUCCAGCCCGGUCCGCCACCAAAGCACAAAAGACUAUCGAGACCAUCAAGGCCGCAUACCCAGAGAGCACUGGCAACCUCAAAACUCUUCACAUUGAUCUCAAUGAUCUUGCCUCCGUGGCAGCUUGUGCAUCUGCCUUCCUUGCGCAGGAGACGCGUCUGGACGUUUUAUGGAAUAAUGCGGGCAUUAGCGCCGCACCAUCACACGAAGUUACUGCCCAAGGAUAUGAGCCUCAGUUGGGAAUAAACUGCUUGGCACCCUUCCUCCUCACCAAACUCUUGCUCCCCGUGCUGAAGCAAACAGCCAGAAGUAACCCUGGUCCCUCGACUCGAGUCAUCUUCACAGGCUCAGGUGUAAUGGACAUGAUGGCCCCUCCUGGCGGUAUCUCGCUGGCUGAGCUCACUCCCGGCAAACAAUCCAAAGAUCCAACACACAACUACACAAUUUCGAAGACAGGGAAUUGGUUCCUCGCCUCCGAAUUCGACAGACGUGUGCGUUCAGAUGGAGUUAUCUGCAUUUGCCAGAACCCAGGAAACCUGUCAACCAAUAUCUGGGACCGCGUGCCGUGGCAUCUCAGGGUACCGAACAAAGUCUUUCUGCAUCCACCUAAGCGAGGGGCAUACUCGGAACUCUGGGCUGGUGUUAGCACAGAGAUCAAGCUUGGGGAUGGUGGUAGGUAUGGUAUUCCUUGGGGAAGAUGGCACCCGAGCCCGAGGAAGGAUCUUGUCCAGAGCUUGAAGACCAAAGAGGAUGGCGGUAGUGGGAUUGCGGCUGAUUUUUGGGAUUGGUGUGAUGAACAGACCAAGGACUAUGCAUGA